GGGGCGUUCACGAUCAAAUCCACGAAACACAUCCUUCCCCCGGCGUCAACCAACGGAUGUUAUGUUGAAAACGUCAGCGAACUCUUUAAUGGAACUAGUACAACGCCAUAUUCAACCAAUGAAUAUCAGAUUGGCCUCUCCAAUUCCAGCACUGUUUCGCCUGUACCAGCGGUCGAGGAGAUUUAGUGAUAAAGACGAUGUUGAUGAAGCAACGUAUAUUAAAUGGCCGGAUUUACUGUUCUGUUGUCUCCCUGAAUCGUACAGGGUGAGAUUAUGGAGAAAAAUUACAGGCUCACGGAAUCUUGAUAACAAGGAUGGAGAUGCUAGGGAGAAUGCAGAGCCUGUUGAAAUGGAGAGU